AUGAUCAACAGAGUUCUAUCCAGAAAAUGCCAUCAGCUAUUGAAGAAAGCAACACAGCACCACUUUCAUACAGCUGCACCAGUAAAUAUUCCUCGUAGUUCGAAGCUGAUGAAUCGCUGGGGUAACUAUCAACGUAUUGUCCCAGCUUCCUUGGCAAGUGUAGAUGUACGCAAAAUGCAACAUCGAGAUGUACCGCCACAUGUUCAACGACCUCCUUACGCUAUUGAUGGAAGCUCUUCUAAAUGGGGUCCAGAAGCACCAAUCCUUACAGAGCAAGAUAUACAAGGGAUGCGAAAAGCGGGCAAAUUGGUCAAAGAAAUCCUGACCUUGGGCGGAUCGCUAUGUCGACCGGGUAUUACAACGAACCACAUAGACAAGAUGAUUCAUGAAGCCAUCAUUGCCAACAAUGCCUAUCCAUCACCUCUCAAUUAUAUGGGAUUCCCCAAGAGUGUGUGUACGUCCAUCAACAACAUUAUAGCUCAUGGCAUCCCAGAUGAACGACCAUUGGAAGAAGGCGAUAUUAUCAAUGUAGAUGUUACUGCUUACCUGGAUGGAUAUCAUGGAGAUACGUCAGCUACAUUCUUAGUAGGUCAAGUUGAUGAAAAGGGAAGAGCAUUGGUUGCAUGCACGCAAGAGACAUUGAAUAAGGCGAUAUCAAUCUGUGGACCAGGCGUGCCUUACAAGGAGAUUGGAAGAGUGAUUUGCGAAUUGGCCAUGAAGAAUGGAUUCUCUGUAUCUGAUGAACUGUCUGGACAUGGGAUUGGAAAAGAGUUUCAUAGUUUGCCGCUGAUCUAUCAUCACUUGAAUGAUGAAGAAGGCGUCAUGGAAUCAGGAACUGCGUUUACUAUAGAACCCAUUUUAUGUCAAGGGUCAGCAUCUGGUAUCAUGUGGCCUGACGAGUGGACAAUCUCAACUGUAGAUGGUGGUAGAAGUGCCCAGUUUGAACACACACUGCUUAUAAACGACGAUGGUGUGGAGAUAUUGACUCAGUAA